AUGCAUCGCAUCGCUGAACUAGCGGCACUCAUCCAGCAGCGGACCGCGGAGAUUGACGCGUACCUGCAAGAGAACAACCUCCCGCAGCCGAGCUUUGAAGAGGAUGCAUCGAGCAAUCAUAAUCUGACCAACAAAGAGAUAGUGGACGCGCGCGAUGACCUCCUAAGCGCGACCCUUGAGCUCCAUGACCUGAUCCUGGGCCCCGCAAUGUGCCUGCGCCCAAUGCUCAAUGGCGUCAGCCUACAAGCCGUAUACAAAUACAACAUCCCCGAAGCAGUCCCUAUCCAUGGCGAGAUUUCGUUCAGCGAGCUUGCGAAAAGGACUGGGCUGAGAGAGUACGACGUCCGUCGCAUUCUACGCCAUGCGAUGGUGUUUCAUCAUGUAUUUCAAGAACCCCGGGAAGGGUUCGUCGCCCAUACAGCUGCGAGUAGGAGACUGCGCGAUGACCCGGAUACGAUGGCGGGACUGGGAUACUUCCACGACGAGUUGUGGCCGAGUUUUGCGCAUACUUUGCCAGCGCUGGAAAAGUCUCAAGGGGAAGAGCCGAACGAAACAGGCUGGAGCCAGUACCACGGCGUUGACAAACCAUUUUACGAACACUAUGUCUCGCACCCGGCCAUGGCAAAGCGGUUCAGGGGUGCAAUGGCGGCUCUUGCAGAUGCAGACGGCACCGCGCCGGAGCCACUUGCAGAUGCCUACCCCUGGGGGUCAAUUGGGGGUGCGGGUGAUGGUACCGGCACUGUCGUUGACGUUGGUGGAGGAAAAGGCCAUAUCAGCGUCAUGCUCGCGACGCGAUUCCCAAGCCUGCACUUCGUCGUCCAGGAUACCCCGUCCAUGAUUGCCGGUGCUGCGGCCGAGACUCUCGCGGGUCUCCCAGCAGACGUCAGCGACCGGAUUAAGUUCACAUCCCACGACUUCUUCACCGACCAGCCUGCUGAAGCGGACGUCUACCUCCUGAGAAAUAUUAUCCACAACUGGUCGGAUGCCUACGCGGUCCGUAUCAUGCGCGCCCUGAUACCCGCCCUACGAACUGGCUCAAGGAUCGUCAUACACGAUCGCGUACUUCCGCCGCCCGGCACGAUGCACCGGAUGAAGGAGAGAGCUAUCAGAGAAAUGGACCUUUGGAUGCUCACGCUCUGUAACAGUAGAGAGCGCGAAGAGGCCGACUGGAUUGCGCUAUUUGCGAUGGCUGACCCGAGGUUCGUGGAUGCCAGGGUCAAAAUGUGGACGCCGGCUGGGGCGGCUAUGUCGAUUAUUGAGAUUGUCUGGCCCGGGGAUGGAAUUGUGGCCAGGGAUCUGGAUGAGGUAUCGAGCAUUUAG